AUGUUUGCGGUUUCUGUCCGUACACUGAACCCGUGGAUAGGCCACGUGUCCACAAGCUUCAUAGAUCCCACCCUAGGAGAAUCACGCAGCGACGGCGAUGGACACCUGUUGCUGACACCCGAUACCACCGCGUUUUACAUAACCCGCGCCUCGCCACAGGCCUCGCCAACACCUGAGGCCCAGAGUCUCGUCGCGUCUCUGACUCAUUCGAUCAAGGACUCGAAUAGCGGCGUGUUGGCGAUAAUAAAACCAUUUUUCUGCGUUAUUAAAUCCAAAACGUGGCACCGUUACGAGCCGGCGAUGACAAAUGACUUCGGCCGCCGCCGACGCGACCGCUCCCACGGCUACGCGCGCAGAGGCGGCACAUGGACGCCCCUCGUCUACAUUCGAUCUAGA